AUGGCGAUUGAAACGAAUAAACUUUUGCUGUCGACACAGCAGGAAAAACCAAAUCAUUAUACAUAUUUAAAGGAAUUCCGUGUGGAACAGUGCCAGUCCUUUUUGCAACAUAAAUGCAAUCAGCAUCGACCCUUUGUUUGCUUCAAUUGGCAUUUCCAAAAUCAAAGGCGCCGACGACCGAUAAGAAAGCGGGACGGCACCUUCAACUAUAGUGCCGACAAUUAUUGCACAAAAUAUGAUGAAACUACGGGCAUAUGUCCAGAUGGUGACGAUUGUCCAUUUUUACAUCGCACAGCUGGUGAUACCGAGCGACGUUAUCAUUUGCGUUAUUAUAAGACAUGUAUGUGUGUCCACGAUACAGAUAGUCGUGGUUACUGCGUUAAAAAUGGCCAUCAUUGCGCAUUUGCCCAUGGUAACCAGGAUCAACGGCCACCGGUGUAUGAUAUAAAAGAACUGGAAGCUUUACAAAACGCCGAGUUAACAUUGGAUGGUGCCAACGCACAGAAUGCAUUAGACAAGGAACGUAAUCUUAUGAAUGAAGAUCCUAAAUGGCAGGAUACCAAUUAUGUGUUGGCCAAUUAUAAAACAGAACCCUGUAAGAGGCCACCACGUUUGUGCCGUCAGGGCUAUGCAUGUCCACAGUAUCAUAAUAGCAAGGAUAAGCGUCGUAGUCCACGCAAAGUUAAAUAUAGAUCCACACCAUGCCCCAAUGUCAAACAUGGCGAAGAAUGGGGUGAGCCGAGCAACUGUGAGGCUGGAGAUAAUUGCCAAUAUUGUCAUACUCGCACAGAACAGCAAUUUCAUCCGGAAAUUUACAAGUCAACAAAAUGCAACGAUGUCCAGCAGGCUGGCUAUUGUCCUCGCAGUGUUUUUUGUGCAUUUGCACAUGUAGAACCCUACAUUGUCACUGAGGAGAAGUCCCGCGACAUAGAUGCAAUUACCACAAAUUUAGCUUUAAGUGAUUUAAUAUCAAAUGCUUUGCCCGAUAUCAAACCUAAGGAUGCAACAAACAACAAAACAGGAUUAAUGACAAUUGGCGAAAAUGUAUGUAUUCCAUUCAAAUUGAAUAUAUAUUAUAUAUCUCUAUAUAAAUAUAUGCCUUGUAUCUAUAUAUUAUUAGUAAAACCAAAAAAGCAAAGCUAG